AUGAGUGUGGGUACUGACGAGCUGAAGGCCAAGAUCCAGGCUGCUUUCUCGCCUGUGUUCCUGGAUGUCCAGGAUGUGUCUGGAGGCUGCGGUCAGUCUUUUGAUGUCAUUGUGGUGUCCGAGGCCUUUGAGGGUGUGGCACUGCUCGAUCGUCAUCGCAUGGUCAACGAUGCGGUGGCCGACGAGAUCAAGGCCAUUCACGCGUUCUCCCUCAAGACCUGGACGCCUGCUCAGUACGAAAAGAAGAAGGACAAGCUGUAG